AUGGUUUGGCCACUCCCGCUUCUCCUGUCGUUUUGCAUAGUAUCAGGUUCCGGUGCUCUGGCUCAAGAAAGGAAGCUCUUGCCCCGGCAAAUAGACGUCGAUCCGCGUCUCACUUGCAAGACUUGCACAGAAUGUUUUGGAUCUGGAUAUGUCAUCUGCAGCUCGAUCGGGUGUUUCAAUCCGGAGAGGGGACAACAGUGUUGUGCAGACGCAGUAAUAUGCGUGGCAAAGGACAAUAGUUGCUGCGAUGAUUUCGGCGGACCGGGCGUAACGGGCACUGCCGACGGUACACCGCUUCCCACAAGCCUCUACACUCCAUCCCACACCCCUACGGGCACGCCAUUUAGCUUCGAGUGCCGCCGCGGUGAAUCUGGCGAGAAAUGCUGUGCGAAAAGCCGAGGGUUGAUCUACUGUCCGGCAUCAGGCGAAUUUCCCAACAUUAGGUGCUAUCAUCCUACCGCGGAAAUCUGCUGUUCUGAUGGGACCGUCUGCUCCGGCGAGGGCUGUUGUGAUUUAGUUAAUGCUUCACCAAUCACGCCCACUGCAACCAUCCCCGGAACGGGUGGUGUUGCUGUGACAGAGACGAAGGUGACCCAGACGACACAGGGGACAAGCACAAGUAUCCCUGCAAGCACACCCACGACCAGUAAUGUUGCGGCCAUGAAUAAUGUCGUUGAGGGUAUGGCGGCUGCUGCCAUUGGGAUAUUAGGGCUUGUAGCCUGGCUUUGA